AUGGCGCCAGCCAACCUAUCGCGAGGCUUUGCGGAAAAGCGAAACACAACCCAGGAACCUAAGACUGGCCUGUACGCUGGUAUCAUUCUGGGCAUUAUACUGGCCAUUGUUGUGGUAUACUUUAUCGUUUCUUGCUGCCGGAGAAAAGGAAAGGAGAGUCACAAAAGUAGCCAUGGUCACAAACACCAUCAUCAAGAUAACCCACAACACAAUAACCACCAUCGCCACCACCAUGGCAAACUCCACAAUACCAAGAUCGAGGAGGAUACGGCCAGAAUACCGAAGCUGCGGAUGCCUCUACCUGUCGUGACGGCUGGCAACGACCAAGUGGUCCGCUCCGUGCCACGGAAUAGUAGCAGCAGCAGUAAACCGUCCUCGGCACCGUCCUCGCGCAAGUCGAGCAGAAGAAGCUUGGACCGAUCCUACGCUGCCCGCGCCGCCCGCUUGCACCGGCACCAGCAGCAGCAGCAGCAACAACACAAUAAAAGAGGUGAGUCCCCAGCCAUUGGGCCGCGCUCCUCCAGUCGUCGCGCCGCGGAUACGCAUCGCGAGCGCAGUCACCGCCACCAACGCCAAAAGAGAGGCUCCUCGGCCGCCCCGCGACGAAGUGACUCGCUGGGCUGGCCUCUGCCGCGCGUGGUCGUGACAGACGUUGAACCACACAAGAAGAAACCCUUUGUGCGGGCCCAGAUUCGGCCUCCUCCUUCUGCUGCUGCCGCCGUCGCCGGUGGUGGUGGUGGUGGUGGUGCUUUAUCUGCACAGCAACUGCUCACGAUACCUCGGAGGGAACUCCGACGGACGGAAAAGUUUAGCAUGACACGAUCAGAAAGGGGAGGUUGGGUAAGUGACGACGAGGAGGAAGAAGACGAGCUUGAUCAUCGAAGCAGCUAUGUCAGUGGUGCCUCUUCGGGAAUCUGUGAUUAUCUCAAACUUCUCAAUUCGUCGCCUUCGCCAGAGGAACAGGUCAAGAGAAAGGAUAGCAAGCGCAGUCCUACGCCGCGGUUGCCGGCGCUGGAUGUUAGUUCCAAGUUGAGUCUUGAGAUGUAUGAUGAUGACAAGUACCGUAUUUGA